AUGAGCUCUGGUCCAGAUGCCUGUGACGCAGCUUUGCUGGCCUGGGCCAAUGCAUGCUUGCAAAGUCACAGCGACGAGCCGGCUCCUACCCUCGAGGCAAUCGUCGAGACGGACUCUGUUUCCAUGCUCUUCAAAAUCUUCGGACUCGGUGAUCCCGACCAAGGUGCGCGUCGGAACCCCUCGCAGCGCCGGCGGCGUGCUGCGGAGAUGCUGAACGCCUUCCGGCCAGGCCUCAUCGAACCCGCCGUGGCCGAGCUCGGCGGCCCGGCGGCAGCGCGAAACAUCGCCGCGGCCGUUCUUGUAGUGGCCGUUGAGGCAGCCGCCAAGGAAGAGGCCAUACAAAUCAUUGUGGGCCUGGAUCAGUCCGUACAGGCCGAGCUGGCGCGUACCAUCCAGCAGCUCAUGGAAACAUCUCAAGGCGCGGCAGAGAAGAAGCAGAAGCAAAUUGAAGCCGACGAGAAUCCCUUCGAGCUAGUCCGACGUUUGAGCCAAGCAGAUCAGCGCCGCUUCAGCGAUGUACAGAUUGCAGGCAAUGAUCCGCAGGUCAUUGAGCCCUUGAAAGCAGAGGCGAGGGAGCUGCACCGGGAGCUGGAGCGGUCCUCGACCAGAUUCCUUGAAGCUCAGAAGGCCCAGAGGGCCAUGGCCCACAAAGUGGCAGAUGCUAAGGCCCAACUCUGCAGCGAAGCCGACAGGUGCGUGGACCUCCUCCAGGAGCUCAGCGAGCGGGAGACCGAGCAUCGCUCACUUUCCCGGGACCUUCAAAGCCUCAAAGAGGAGAUGCAGCAUGAGAACGUGGCCUCACUCAGCCAUCAAGAGGCUUUGAAGGGCCUUGGUGAUGAAAUCGAGGAGGAGAGACGGCGGUACCGCAGUCUUCAGAUGAACCACAUUGACCUCAAGGCCGAGCUCGAUCAAGCUCAGCACUCAUCGGCCAAAGUCGAGACAUCGAGCUGGAAGCGCACCGCCAUGAUGGCCAAGCUCACACGGUUGCAAGAGAAGGUUCACUGCGAUCGGACGAAGCUGGCCGACUCCAGGCGCAACUUCGAAGUCGAAGAGGCCUGUGCUGCAAGCCUGCGGCAGGAGCUGGAGGAAGCCGAGGAUCUUCUCUCGCAUAGAGACCUUGACCUUUCGGGCUGCGAAGAAAGCUUCUCCGCGACGGAGGGCAUCUUGCAUCAAGCAGAAUCUGAGCUGGAUAGCUGCACAAACGAGCUCAAGGCGAUGACUUCCGAAGAUCUGGACAGUCUCCGGCUCGAGAUCGAACGGAAGCGGCAGGCGCUGGCACGUGCGGAGCAGGGCAGUGCUGAUGCCGUUGCCCAGCGCUCCGCCAUCGGUCAGCAGAUGCCGGAGGUGAGCGCUAUGCUCGAGGACCGGCGCCUGGCCGCGGAGAGGGCUGUGGACGAAGCCGUAGCUGCUGGUGUGGCGGUGUCGACAGCUAUGCAGAAGCUGAAUUCCCUGAGCGAUGAGGCAACAGCAGCUGCACAGGGCCUAGCAGAUCUGGCGACUCGACAGCCGCGCGCCUCCCUUUCUCUCACAGGUGCUGCAGCCACUUCUCUGGCUGCUGAUGCAGAUCGGCUUCAGAGUCUCAGUGAUGAGCUUGCCGCUGCCAAGGCAGAAAGCACGGAAGCAGAAUCUGAGUCCUUCGACCUAGGCCAGGAGGUUCAAGAAGUGAAGUCGGCGAAGGCCAAGGCCUGGAUGGUGCUCCAGCAGCUGCGCAAGCAGCAAGAAGCUGACGAAGAACAGGCCGCUCCUAUCAGUGAGGUCGUUGGCUUGGAGGCAGAAGCCGCAGGCCUGUCCUCGGAGAACGGCGAUGUCUCGCGUAUCCGCGAGGAGAUGCAGCGCGCUGAGGCAGAACUGCACUGCCAAGAGGAGCUUGUCGAAUCGCGGCGAGCGCGAACGGCAGCUUGUGAGACCGAGUGUGAGGUUCUACAGGAAGAGCUGCGCGCGGCCGCUUCCAAAGCUGAAGCAGCCGUCGCAGAGAAGGAAGCGGCUGGUUUGGGUGACCUGGAUCGACCUCCAGAGGCGGAGCAGGCGGAGCAGGCGGAGGCGGAGAAGGCGGACUUCUCUGCCAUGGUGAAGCGAUCGCGUGCUGCCACGGGCAACAGGGCUGUCAAAGAUGCUGCGGCCACAAGGCUUCAGGCGCGACAACGUGGAAUUAUGGCAAGGUCGAGACUUACCUCCUUGCGACAGUCGCGGUCUACCGACAAGAUUCAGGAUCCCAGUUACGAGCGGCCGCGCUUUCCUUUACCCCCGGCCCGCCGAGAGGAGCGCGAAGCAGCUGCCAUCAAGCUGCAGGCCGUCGAGCGUGGAAUUCUGGCUCGCUCACGCGUGCAGCGCAUGAGAGAGGCCUCCGCUCGUGGCUCCGCCAAGGAAACAGGCGCGAGAGGGACAGGCGCGGCAGCGCUUCCUGUGGAUGCCUUGGCCUUGCAGGCGGGCGAGAAGAUCAAGAGUAAGGCUGGCUCGAUAGCUGUUCUAGAAAGAUUGAAUCGCUCGCUUGUGAGCACGGGUUUCUCAAAGAGCAAGUUUGACAGAAGUCAUGAGCGAGACGAUCAGUGGGACAGCGUAUGCUUGAUCGGUAAAGCUGAAUUCGCGACAGAUCCCGGACAGUUGCUCUUUCAGCGCACACCUGUUGUGCAGAGUUGGUCAUGGGGCCGUGAACUCCCACUUCUGCUGGCCCACGGACGUGAGUCGCCGCAAAGAGUCAUGGAUGAUGCUCGCGGUGCUUUUCUUCAACGAAGCUUCAUCAAAUUAUUCAGGGGCUUAGCCGAGGCAGUGCCGCAGGGGAGGCUUUCACUGGAAGUGACAGAAGCCGAGGGAAGCCGAGGUGCCAGGGAGUCUUGGCCAGGGCGCACCUUGCUCGGAGCGCCCGCCGCAGCUCUGGAGGUGCGAGGCCCCCAGCCAUCCCAGCCUCACCACCAGCUCUCAAACGGCACUUUGGUUGCCACCGUUGGGACUGUGGCGAUCUCGGGGGAGAGGCAGAGGCCUGCAAUGGAACAAGCAGCAGCAGCUUGUGCAGAGUACCAGACUGGCGCUGUUCAGAAGGUGGCGAGAUCCAAGAACACGGAGCCUUCGCAUGUAUUGAUGGUCGCUGGGCAGAUGUGCUGCCACUAUGCUUGGGUGACACGAACCUGGAUGCAACUCGAGAACACCGUCCGGGCGGUACUCUUCCAGCUCCGUGUGUCCUGGAUCCCUGCGUCAGUUUACAAGGUGGACAUAUGCUCCGGCAGGAGCAGAACGGGUGCGUUGCUUCUGCCUUGCGAGCGCGUGGAUUUUGCAACCCUGAUUACCAAGAGCGUCUGGCCGUUGAUACUGUUCAGCUUGCAGGCAUCCCUGUGCUCACCAACUCUGCCACUGGAGCUUCCAACUCUCCUGCCGAACCAAUCCUGGGCAGAGUGCAAUGGCAGGAUAUCGCAAUCAGGCGACCGUCUUCGCUUGGCCGGAAUGGCUGCCGACUUGCGUGCAGGAUCCGGCGAACGGCAGGUGAUGGAGCUAUUCCUGGAAGCCAUUCCUGGUCGUGGCACAGAUGCGGAACUGCUUCGCACAGACUUGCUUUCCUUGUUCAACGCCUUUGGCCGGGAGUCUGGUCUUCUGGUCCCCAGCUCCGAAUGGCACUCACCAAGCGGACUCCCACAAGAAGCGCUUUGGUUAUCCGAAGGACUUCAGAGGCUCCAAGCACAGCCAACUCUGUUCAACAUUCGGGCAGACACGGAGUUCUUCGGGACAGACUGGCUGCCAAGUCUGCAAGUAUCGCUGCCCAAGGAACCCUACAUCAUCAACAGCCACCGCCUUCCUGGCUGGAUCCUGCAGACCGUUCCAACUGUCGGGCCAGACAGGAGUCUGGAAUCCCUUCAGAUGCUUCAGGAGCUGGAGGAAGUCGCUAGCAUUCUUUGCAUUUUUGUUCCUGCAGCUUCCUGGAUGCUGAUGCUGAUCCUGCGCUGCCUGUGGGACAUGAUCUCUGGAGGAAGAAGACCCUGGAGCUUCGGAAGUACGGCACGGAGUUUGUGCAGAUUAGCUUUGAUGAUGCAAGCGGUCGAGAUGGCUGUUUAUACACUGGCAACUGCUUUGAUCGUGUGGAUCGUGAUGAACGGAACAGAUUUGGUUUUGCUGCAGGAGCUCGUCUUGCAGAUCCUUAAUCCCAGUGCAGUGCUGCUUCUGGUCCCGUCGCUAGCCUUCGGACCGUCGGGCCUAGCGACCCUUCAGCUGCUGCGGGCACCGGCAUCCCAUUGCUUGCCAGUUCGCAGCCGUGUGUGCUGCUGUCGCCUGAAGCGUCAGGCUUGGGCGCGGUUCUUUGCCGUUUCUGCCCUUUGGCAUGCCCUUGCCUGCUCAGCUGCACUGAUUGAGUCUGUGCGACUUAUCAGCGCGGGGCUCAGGCUGGACGCGCCAGGCUUUCAGAGGGCUCUUCAGAGGUGCAGCUGGGAUCUGGAGGCACGCUGUCAGUCCAGCUCGUGGAGACAGGUUCCGGACACGCGCUGGGACCUUCACGUGCGCUGUGCGCUGGCAUGCUCUGACGUCACGGUUUCGAUCGACGACAUCGUCUUGGGCGCAAUUUUCGUGAUCUGCAAGUUGCUUGCCAUCUCGGCAGGGUGGUCACUCCUUGCGAGGCUCUGGUGCCUUCACCUCUCUUGGAGAUUGCUGCUGCUGGCCGCACAGCUUGCUCGAGCCCCGGUCCCACGUGCAGAAGACGCCAAGGAGGUUGGUGAGCACGCCGAGGCUGAGGCUCAGGCGGCUGCCGAGGUGCUGACACCAUCAGCCUUUCAACAGGGUGUUUCCGAAGCUGCCGAUAAAGCCAGCGCUCGCUCACACAGCGAAGAGCCUGCACCAGCGACCAGCAUACCCAGCGGACCCAGCCCUGCGAGGAGAGCUUUGUCCGAAGCUGGCGAAGCUUCGAAGUUGCAGGUCCUUCGAGCAGUAAUGUCCUUGGAUCGCCCUCCAUCGCCGUCUGGCUCUGCCGCCAGCCUGGACUUAAGUGAUCGAGCAGAACGGCCUUCAGCAGAGACCCUGAAGAAUAUGCUGGAGAACCCUUUGACGGACGGGCACGCAGAAUUGGUCGAUUUUGCGCGAACCAUCGCCCGGCAAUGCAGCAAGGGCAGCCAGGCCUUCUCGGAGGUUUCCAGAACUUCCUCCGGCAGAUCCCUCAGCAAACAGGAGAGAUGA